AUGAGGGCCAGAGUUCCGAAGCCGGGCCUUGUGGGGCGGCGCUGGCGCAGCUCCCGUGGGUGCGGGGUCAACAGGGAUCAAUGCGUGUGCCUGAGUCAUGCCACGGCUCUGUACUCGCGGGGGGCGGGUCCCCAGCCGUGGAGCGUCCCUGCCGCCCCCCCUCCCACGGGGCGCGGGUGUCCCUUCGCGUGUCGUUACCUGGAAAUAAAGUAUGCUACGCGCUCCCACGCGUGUCUGCGCUGCAGGAAGCGCCGCCCGGCGGCGGGGGGGAUGGGGACGGGGCCGCACGUACCGGCGGAGGAAUGCGGCGGGGCUGGGGGCGGGGCGGGAGCGGCGGCUCAGCCAUGGAGCAGCCGGUGCUGCUCGCCGUCGUUGCCGCUGCGAUGCUGCUGCUGCCGCCGCCGCUGCCGGGGUCCGGGGCCGCCGUCACCCGCCUCCGGGUCUCCGCUAACUUCGAGUGCCGGGCUACCGGUGAGUAGCGGCGGGGCCGGGAUCGGGGCCACCGCGAUCGGGGGGGGUCUCCCGAGACUCCGAAUCCCCGGGGCUCCCGGUGUGCAGAGCUUUUCCCCCGCUCCCGCCUGGGACUCCCGGUCCCCGGGGUUCCCCCUUCCCGGGGCUCCAGCCGACAGGACGCUGAGCCGUCCCCGCUGCCGCCAGUCGCGGCCCUGGCCCGGGCCCCUCCUGGCGCCGCCCGCCCUGGCGCUGAGCGGGGCCCGUCUGUGCCCGCCCUCCCGGCCCUGCCAGCCCUGCCUGCGGGUGCGCCUGGCCCUCCCCGCCGCAGGGCUCGACGAUGUCCGUGGGCUGCAGCUCAACUUCCUGGAGCUGGGCUCCAACCGGGCUGGCUGGCUGCAGGUGUGGCGGCGGCACCGGGCACCGGGCAGCUCGCCGUGGCAGGUGCAGUUCGACUGCUUCCCGGCCGAGAGCGGUCAUCACGUCCUUGUCUCCCUUCGCACCAUCCCUGACCGAGGCUUGGCCAUCAGCCACAGCCACCUGCUUGCUGCUGAGCCGCCUGGGCCCAUCUUCGCCCAUGCCUGGGUCUCCGAGGAGCGGGCCAUCAAAGUGUGGGUGCCUGAGGGCCCUGCCCUGAUGGUGCGGCUGUGCCACCAGCUGGCCCUGGAGUGUGAGGAGCUGCCCCAGCCCUUCCACCGGCAGGUGCUGGUGCUGGGGGGCCACCACGUUUCACUGCCGUAUGAGUUCCUGGUGCCCUGCCUGUGUGUCGAGGCCUCCUACCCCCACCAUGACAGCCCACGCAGCAAGCGGUGCCCAUUCCGUGACCAGCCAGCCGCCUAUGGCCCCGAGCUGUGGUCCUCGGUGCGCUUCCAUGACUACAGCACCAGCAGCAAGGACCAGAUGGCGAUGGUGCUGAGUGCCAGCUGCCCUCUGCGCCCCCGGGCCACCCUGUGCUGGAGGGAGGCAGCAGCUGAGACUGCGCCCUGCCACGAUAUCCCCAACUCCACAGCCAGUGAGGAGGAGCAGGCAUACAUGCUGGACAAGGUGGACAUACACCCUCAGCUCUGCUUCCGGUUCUCCUACGGGAACAGCAGCCAUGUGGAGUGUCCCCACCAUCCAGAGACCGCCUGGAAUGUCUCGGUGAGCACCCGGGGGCUGCAGCUGCACCUACACCUCACCUCCAGCGUCCCUGCGGCCUUCAGUGCAGCCCUCUGCCAGCGCCGGAGUGGGCAGUGCGAGCCCGAGGCCCCGCUCUACACCGUCACACAGCUGGAGGGCUCUGCGCCGGGGGAGCUGGCGCUGCUGCUGCCGGUGCAGAUCCUGGGCAGCUGCGUGCUGCCCCUUCCCCAGGUGUGGCGUUCGGAUGUGCGCUUUGCUCGGAAGCAGCUGCUCUGUCCUGAUGUCUCCCGCAGGCACUUUGGGCUGCUGGGGCUGGCGCUGGCACUGGGGCUUGUGGUGACCGUGGUGCUCCUCAACUGCCGAGGCACCUGGAGGCCGGCCGCUGGUGCCCCAGGUGGGCGCCCCGUGCUGCUGCUGUACUCGCCGGACUCGGAGGAGCACCUGGGGCUGGUGUGUGCCCUGGCUGAGCGGCUGCGUGCCGGGCUGGGCUGCAACGUGCACCUGGACCUGUGGGAAGCGGGUGGCGUGGGGCAAGCAGGCACCCUACCCUGGCUCUAUGCCCAGCGGGGCCAUGUGGGCCGCCAGCAUGGUACCAUCCUCCUCCUCUGGAGCCGGGGCAGUGCCCAGCUCUUCCACCGGUGGCGGGUUGGGGCAGCUGAUGGGUCCCCCAGGGAUGCCCAUGACAUCUUUGGGGCAGCCAUGGCCUGUCUGCAUGGGGAGCUGGGGGCAGCGGGGUAUGGUGGUGGCUGGGUGCUGGCCUACUUCAGCCAGCUCUGCAGCCCCCAUGACAUCCCCAGGCCUCUCCGGCCUCUGCCCACCUACCGCCUGCCCCAGCAGCUGCCCAGGCUGCUGGGUGCCCUGCGGGGCAGCCCUCCAGCCCCCCGUCGUUGUCGGGGCAGGGCAGAGGGACUCCUGCACCAGCUGCUGGAGGUGGGGGCCAGAGAGGGCAGCCCCCAGCCCCCUGGGGUGGCUGCCGGUACCUGAAGGUUUGUGCUAGACCUCAGCCGGGCAUUGCUGCGGGGCCAGCAGGGCAGGGUGCAGCCCCCUGGUGAGGGCAGGGGCCCCGUCAUGGAGGUGCGGGGCUAGGCUGAACAUGCUGACUGUGGCGGCAGGAGGGGUGCCCAUGGGGCACACCGGGCAGGGGCCGUGCAUGCCUGAGCAGGCUGACCCUGGCCAGGGAAAUGCCAUGGGGGCCAGGGCGAGCGGCUGGCUGGGAGCAGAGGUGCUGCCCUGGGCAGGGGCAGCUUUAUUUCCACACAGGGACCUGUGCCGGAGGAGAGCUGGGACGCGGGGAGGCCCCCAAGGACAACGUGGCUGGGCACAGGGCUGGGGCAGCGCUGGAAGAAGUGGGGUGGUGGUGGGGCUCCUUGCCCUGCCUGGGCACAGGGGGCUGGGGGGUUUGGGUGCUGGGCACAGCCUGGCCCUGCUCCUCGCUCCCCUGCUGUUGGCAGGACCUGGUCUGCAGUGGGAGCAAUAAAAGCACUGUUU